CCGGCGCUGGCACAGGGCGCAGAGGGCGGCGCGCGGUGGACUCCGCGCCCGGGCAUCGCACCGGGCCGCUUUCGGCUCUGUCGCUCUGCCCCGGCCCGGAAAACCCGGCGCCUUCCAGGCCCUUCGAAAGAUGGAUUCUGUUGACGUAUCUGGCGGCCCUGGCGAGCCGGGUGGAAAGUUGGGUUUUGCCAGAUCGCACUGGGCUCGUCUUUGUGACGCUUGGCCAGCCCCGCAUCCUCCCGGAGCUGGGCCGAGUGGCAUCCGAGCCGAGUGAUGGACGAUCUGCAGUCCCAGAACCUCGCCAUGGACAUGAGCGACUCCUCCCCCGCCUUGACCAAUAACAGACUGGAGAAUGGCAUGGCCCAGCUGAUCACCACCGAGGCCUGGAACAUCAACUCCACCGACCUGGUAAAGAAGGCGCUGGUGACCGUGCCGGCCCCGUCCAUCCUGAACCCCCCGGCCGAGUCCCAGAGCGGUGUGGCUCUCAAGGUGGCGGCCACUGUGCUGCAGCCCCUGUGCCUGGGGGAGAGCCCCGUGGUGAUGCCCAUUCACAUGCAGGUGGAGGGCAGCUCCGCGCCUGAGCUCAACCAGAGCGGCAACGCCACGUACGUGAUGACCGCGCAGGGGCCUGUGCAGCUUCCAGUGGUGCUGGAGCAGCACGUGUUCCAGCACCUCAACUCCCCACUGGUCCUGCCGCCGGAAGCCCCGGGCUCCUCCAGCGCCAUCCACAACAACCUCUUCCAGGGGGCCCGGGACCCCGAGGCGCAACCCCAGCUCCUGGAUCUGCGGAUCCCCAGCCAGCCGCAGGAGCCCCCGCUGCCCUUCGAAGCCGUGCUCCACAAUCUGUUUCCUGCCCAGGGCGCACUCGGCCCCCCGCCCUGCCAGCCUCCCCCAGGCUACACCCCGGUGCCCCCCCAGCCAUUCAACUCCCCCUUGUCACCCCUGGUCCCGCCGGCCACGCUCCUGGUGCCCUACCCGGUGAUCGUGCCCCUGCCCGUACCACUCCCCAUCCCCAUUCCCAUCCCCGUGCCUCAGAGCUCUGAAGCCAAGUUCAGCCCGACUUGCCCCAAGCCACCAUCUGCCUUCGGCCUCCACCCCUUUAAAGGCCCCCAGAGCCCUCUCCAGAAGGAGGAAGUAAAGCCCUUUGACCUGUUCCAGCCCCGGGAGUACUUCCAGCUCGGCCGCCACACCGUCAUCAAGAUGGGGAGUGAGAACGAGGCCCUGGAUCUCUCCAUGAAGUCAGUGCCCUGGCUCAAGGCUGGUGAAGUCAGCCCCCCAAUGGGCCAGGAAGACACAGCCCUAGACCUGUCGCUGGCUGCCCACCGGAAACCUGAACCUCCCCCCGAGACACUGUACAACAGCAGCGGGUCCGUGGACAGCCCAGGUCACCCGGUGCUGGAGAAACUUCCCAGUGGCAUGGAAGUGCCCUUUGCCCCCGCCACGACACAGGAGGCUGCAUCUGUCAUGGAGAGUCACGGGGGCGGCAGCGACACCACGGAGCCACCCAGCCAGCCCAGCAGCGAGGUCAAGGCUGAAAAUCACAUGGAGAUGGUGAGCGAGUCCCAGGCGGCCAAGGUGAUCGUCUCCGUUGAAGACAGUGUGCCUACCAUCUUCUGUGGCAAGAUCAAAGGCCUCUCGGGGGUGUCCACCAAAAACUUCUCCUUCAGACGAGAAGACUCCGUGUUUCAGGGCUCCGACACCAAUAGCCCAGGAGAAGAGGCCUUGGGAAACACGGAGGCCCUCAGGAAACCCACCAAAAACCGGAGCAUAAAGUUAAAGAAAGUGAACUCCCAGGAAAUACACAUGCUCCCAAUCAAAAAACAACGGCUGGCCACCUUUUUUCCAAGAAAGUAAAUAAUGGCUUUUUAAAAUUUUUAUGAUUAUAAUAUGGGGAAAGGUGCAUUGGUUUUAUAAAAAAGGCAUUUAAAACAAAUUAUCUUUGUUAAUUAUUCUGGGGAGUAGCUGGGAACCAGGAAAAGCAAAUUGGCUCUAGAGGCCCUGUAAGCUAGGAUCAUUUUCUUUUUUAAUUUUUGACUUUUCACAAAUGAGUAAAUAAGAGCAACCUAUUUUUCAAGCAGAUUGCACAUUUUUUGCAGCUUUAAUGGAAUAUUGGGUGAAUCAGAGGGGGUUAAAAAAGCUAUUUUCAUUGCCACAAAGUGCUUUGAUGAUGUAAUACCUAAUAAAGGGUAGGAUGAAUAUUUCACAAUAAAUGUUCAUUUGCACUAA